AAAAUCACUGGCAUUUAAAGAGCAGCUUCAGAUUCGAGCUUUCUGUUAUAAAUACGUUGUUGUGGUAGCUGCGUACACGAUGUUGUGAAAGUGUAAUGCUCUGAUACUUUAACAGUAUGCACGGACCAUUUAUAAAUUACAUAGAGCAAGACAGACAGUUGACAACUGACAGCACCUUCAGUGACGGCGGCUUUGAGCACAGCUUCCUGGCAGACUGCGCGCGGAAAGGGGCAGGGGUUUCCAGGGCCAACAGCAUUGGCUCCACAAGCGCCUCGUCUGUGCCCAACACAGACGAUGAAGACAGUGACUACAGACAUGAGACGUCCUACAAGGACUCUUACAAAGUGAGACGGAGACAAGCCCACACGCAGGCUGAACAGAAACGGAGGGAUGCCAUAAGGAAAGGGUAUGAUGAUCUGCAGGCCAUAGUGCCCACCUGCCAGCAGCAGUCGGAGUUUGCCAUGGCCACACAGAAGAUCAGCAAAGUUACCGUGCUGCAGAAGACCAUAGACUACAUUCAGUUCCUGCAUAAAGAAAAGAAGAAGCAGGAGGAUGAAGUGUCCACACUGAGGAAGGAAGUGAUGGCCCUGAAGAUUAUGAAAACGAACUAUGAGCACAUAGUGAAGGCCCAUCAGAACAACCCACAGCAGGGCAACGAGCAGGUGUCAGACCAGGUGAAGUUCAGCGUGUUCCAGAGCAUCAUGGACUCGCUGUUCCAGAGUUUCAGCGCCUCAGUGUCCUUCAGCAGCUUCGAGGAGCUGUCGGCCUGCGUCUUCAGGUGGAUUGAGGAGCACUGCAAGCCCCAGACACUGAGGGAGUUUGUGGUGGAGAUCCUGAGACGGCUCAAUGCUCAGCUGUACUGAUGGCCGCGGGUGGACACCGAAACAGUUCCCUGUCUGUCAUUCAUGCCGACAUGGCACUCAGCAGGGAAUAUGCACAACACUCCCCUCUUACACACACAAACACACCCCUCUUACACACACAAACGCGUGCUCACACGCACACAUCAACAUACACACCCCUGUAUUGGCUGUACUACAUAGCUGUGGUGGUCAUGGUGGCCGGCUGGUGCUGUGUUCUUGCUCCACACUCUCCCCAGCUUCUCUGGUUGGAAUCAGCAGAGCCAUUCUGCUUUUGAGCAAAAACCUGUUUAAGUAGCAUUAAUUACAUCAUUUUAAAACAUGCGAGGGCUUUAGACCACCCUCUGUGUUAAGUUGGUUGGGGCUUUCGUUUUGGGGCUUGGUGUCCAGGAGAUGGCCAUAUUCUCUUUCACUCUGGUCUUAGUGCCCCCUUGUGGUUGGUUUGGGGGCCCUGUGGAGUUUCUAUGUUGUCACUCGACACAGUUCAGUGUUCACUGCUUCAGUGUUGUGUGUGAUGCUGCUGCCACCGGUUUCUCUGUAGUUUGCUGUGUGUAAGAUUUGUGUGUUGGUUAUUCAUGCAGCCGCAGAUGUCUGACGUGUUCAGUGUAAUCAAACAACCAACCGUACUUGUUUAAAAAAAAAAAAAAAAUCACACUGAAUGUCAAGAGAUGGUGGAAACACGUUUUUCGCUUUCUGUAUAAGUGGUUUUUAAAGGAGUCGCCUGAAUAUUGUUUCAGAUUGUUCAUUGUCGUUUGUUUUUGCUGUGUUUUAGUGUACCCAUUAUGUGUUACUCUCAUAUUGCUGAAGCACAGAGACACUCAUUAAUGAAAUCAUGUCAUUUAUGGUGACUUAUUUCAACCAAAAUAAAUAAGAUUGUAGAGAAUGUUGCAGCACAAUCCAAAAACCAACGGUAAUCAGGAAUUUUUAUAUUAAGAAAUACAAUGCCAAAAUGUUAAAGGGAAAUAAUUUAAUAGAUACUAAUCAAUAUUGGGUGCGUGUUGGAACCUUGUAUACAACCUCUUGAAAUUGUAUGCUGAUAUUGACAAGAGCAGUUGAAAUAUUUUUGUAUGAAUACAGUUUGUAAUUGGAAAUAAACAAUAUUCACUGUU